CGCCGUGCCGCCGGGUGUCACUCUGCCCCGCUGGCGGGGCGGUCAGCGUCCUGUCACCGCCUGUUCGGGCUAUGGUCCCGUCCGGUGUUUUGUAAGUUGGCAACCUAGGCUGCUGACGCGACCCUGGUCCUGAUGGCGGCGGCGGCCGCGGCAGCCCUGGCGGCGGCAGAUCCCCCUCCUGCAAUGCCGCAGGCGGCAGGGGCCGGAGGGCCCACAGCCCGCAGAGACUUCUACUGGCUGCGCUCCUUUCUGGCCGGAGAAGAAGAGGAGGUUACUUCAAACAGGACCUGGCAGUUGGAUAAAUACCUUCAAGUGUCUGUCUCCAUAAUCACAUUUUAGCAAGAUUCCCAGUGUUCCUCAGGUAUUGCUGGAUGCUGUGCCAAAACAACAGUUGCUCCAUUGGAUCGAGUAAAGGUUUUAUUACAAGCUCACAAUCGCCAUUACAAGCAUUUUGGAGUAUUUUCUGCAUUGCGUGCUGUUCCUCAAAAAGAAGGAUUCCUUGGAUUGUAUAAAGGAAAUGGUGCAAUGAUGAUUCGAAUCUUUCCCUAUGGUGCAAUCCAGUUUAUGGCAUUUGAGCAUUAUAAAACGUUAAUUACUACGAAGCUGGGAAUUUCGGGUCAUGUGCACAGAUUAAUGGCUGGAUCUAUGGCAGGUAUGACAGCAGUUAUCUGUACUUACCCUCUUGACAUGGUUAGGGUCCGCCUAGCAUUCCAGGUGAAAGGGGAACACACCUAUACAGGAAUUAUUCAUGCAUUCAAAACAAUUUAUGCACAGGAAGGUGGUUUCUUUGGAUUUUACAGAGGUCUGAUGCCUACUAUUUUAGGAAUGGCUCCAUAUGCAGGUGUUUCAUUUUUUACUUUUGGUACCUUAAAGAGUGUUGGGCUUUCCCAUGCUCCUACCCUUCUUGGCAGACCUUCAUCAGACAAUCCUAAUGUCUUAGUGUUGAAAACUCACGUAAACUUACUUUGUGGUGGUGUUGCUGGAGCAAUAGCGCAGACAAUAUCCUACCCAUUUGAUGUGACACGUCGGCGAAUGCAAUUAGGAACUGUUCUGCCAGAAUUUGAAAAGUGCCUUACCAUGCGGGAUACUAUGAAGUAUGUCUAUGGACACCAUGGAAUUCGAAAAGGACUCUAUCGUGGUUUAUCUCUUAAUUACAUUCGCUGUAUUCCCUCUCAAGCAGUGGCUUUUACAACAUAUGAACUUAUGAAGCAGGUUUUUCACCUCAACUAAAAAAAAAAAUUAUGGUUGGUUUUUCUUAAUACAUUCUCAGAGGGAGAAAUGAAACGUUACUUUAAUUGUUGGGGGAACAUUACUUGAAUGGGGAUAUUUACACUGUCACAGGAGCCACUGGUAUUUUAGUACUUGAUUAUUUUUUCUUUAGUCACAAAUCAGAAGUGCUUACCAUACUUUUUGAUGCCAAACAUUAUACCUUAGAACAUUGAAAAAAAUAUUCCUAAGCUGAUGCUGGCUAAACCGCUUUAAAGUUUUAUUUGGAAGUAGAACUAGCUUUAAAACGGGGUUCAAGAGGUUGCCAUUAGCUUUGUCAUGCUGUUCAAAGUUUUUAAUUGUUAUCAUGGUUUUUAAAAGACUGACAGUGUUUAUUAUUAUUAAAAUAAGCAGGGUUGGUUAUAUUGCAGUAGAAUAAUGAGAACUGAAUUUUUAAGUUCUAUAAAACAGCCAGCAUUGACAUUUUAUUUUUGUUAUCUCUCUUCUCACAAUUAUGCUCCACUGGAUAAUAGGAAAAACACUUCUUUCCUUCAUUUUUUAAAUAAAAUUAAUGUUGUAUUUAAAAAGUAGCCAUGUAGAGACACAAAAAUAAAUGGAGAAGCUGGGCAUGGUAGGAUGGGCAUGUGGUCCCAGCUACUCUGGAAGCUGAGGUGAGAGGAUCACUUGAGCCCUGGAAUUCCAUGCCAGCCUGUGCAACAUCAUGAGACCCCGUUUAAUAAAUGAAUGAACGACUAAGUCUUGCUCAAUUGUUAUUACUAGGUACUAUGAGUGACUUACAUGUGUUUGAAAAUGUCAGUGUGUUUCCCAGAGGCAGAAAUAAAAAUAGUGAAUAUCUUUGCUCUCAAAAACAAAGUAGCACUGUAGAUUUGUUUUUGUUAGAUGAUUCGCUCUAUACUAGAAUAUUUAUUUAAGUAGACUGUGAAAUAUUUAUUAAUGUAGAUGUGAAUAUCAAAAAAUGUUUCUAAGGUAUUAUGAUGCAUCAACUAGUUCUUCCAUGUAAAAUAAUUUUAGUGCAAUAUGAAGACAUAGAAAUGUAAAAUAUGAUUUGAAUUGUUAUCCUUUAUAUUAAGAAAAUGUUUUAAAAUGUAAGAAUUCCAUUUA